AUGAGGGCCACCGCAGAAAGCACUGAAUGGGCAAGAGCGCUGCUCCGGACUGGUGAAAAAGGUUGUGAAGCAGAUGAAGCGACUUUGUCGUGUUACCGACAACGAGAUCUUAUUAGCGAUGUUUCUGGAGAAACAAUAGCUGCUGACGAUAUAGAAAAUUUCGCAGGAAAGGCGAUGCUCUCCUCUGAAAAUGUGCAUGUGGCACAUAUGAAUGACACCGCAUUGCAGCGAAUGCCAGAACACCUGGAAUUAAAAGUGAAUAACAGCAUAGACGAAGCAGAAAAUGCCGACCCAGCGGACGUCUUCAGUUAUCAGGUGGAACACCUAAAUAGUUUGUCAUUGAGUGGAAUGGUGCCGCAUGAGCUCAAACUGAAACAAGGAUGCAUCGUUAUGCUUCUGUGCAAUCAAGAUGUAUCUAAAGGUCUGUGCGACGGCACAAAAUUUAUUGCUGAACAGUGUGGCCGCUAUAUUCUCGGAUGUCGCUUCGCUACCGGAAGCAGGAGGAAUAAAUUUGUUCUCAUCCCACGGGGCUACCAUUUCGAAUUCGUAAACGACAAUUUCCCAUUCGCCUCGCCUUUACCACCAUCAUCAACAAAGCUUAAGAACAGACACUAUCAAAAGUCGAGGUGUAUCUUCUCGACAACGUUUUUCCCAUGGACAGCUCUAUGUUGCUCUUUCAAGGGAUCGAGACGCCGAAUCGGUGAAAAUUCUUUCAUCAACACGCAGAAUCAAGAACAUUGCCCACAAAAAUGUUCUGAUUGCCCUAAAAAGUCGAGUGACGAUGAAGCAGGAAAAAUUUGCAUAAAGUUGCGCACUGUCAUCAUACUUACACCAGCACCUACUUCAUUAGCAGUACGAAUGAAACUUGGCAAGGUUCCUCCUGCAAUAUAG